GGCCGUAUUGAAUGUGGACUCGUUGAGGUCGCUUCCAGUCUCUCUCCAGAUGCGAUCCGGCGUUCCUUCGAUAAAGCUCGUAACCGUAUCGUACCAGGGUCUAAUAAACAGCCGAAGAAAUGGAUUGAACUGCCACUAAUUUCGUUUAAGUUGGCUUAAGGAAAAGCCGCAAUAAAACUAUAAGUUAAAUAGUGCGCAGUUAACCAGUGAAAUUCUUCAAAAGUGAAAAAAAAAAGUAUUAUGGAUCAUCAUUCUCAGGGGAGUUCCAAGGUGAAAAAAGCUCUCCAAGAGACAGUUAAGUUGGACGAUGAGAGAUACGGUUACGUUAUUACCGAACUCAUCCCUAUUGGGUGUGUUCCCAGAUGGCAUUGCCAUGUUUGUGGGAAAACAAUUUCAUCCGAAAGAGCUUUGCUCAAUCAUCUUAGCCACCCGAUACACAAAAGCAAUCUUCGUGUGCCUAAACAUCCUGCUAACAACUUUAAGAAAUUUAGCAGUAAGCCCAAUGGUUCACCCACCAUAGAGGAAAAUACAAAUGAUAAAGAUCCCUCUUGGUCAGAUGUAGCGACUGAUAUAUUACCAGGAGAGCCAGUUCCUCCUGGAAUGGAAGAUAUUGUUGAAGGUGUUUGUCAAAUUCAAAAAACACUCGACUCUUUCAAAGCUGCACCAUUAAUAGGGCUUGAAUACAUAGUAGAGCUUGUAAGCUCAACAGGCGAAGGGGAGCCAAGAUAUGCUUGCCUUCUCUGUGAAAAGCGCGGUGAUCCAAGGAGCGUCAUGUUGCACCUGACUAGCCAGAAUCAUUAUCUCAAAUAUAUUAGCUGUUUCUUUAGAAGUGCAGGUAACGCUUUAAAUAUGCUUCAAAGGACACCAGAAAUCCGUAAAGGAAUUUAUGUCGCGAUAAAUAAAGUCGCUGAAGAAAUUGAGAAAAAUUAUGGUAGGUUGAAACCUACUUCUGCUAUAGCAGAGACUUUUUCUGCCAAAAAAUACGAAAUACUACGUGAAAUUGAUGAAAAAGAACAUUUCAGGGAGACGCCAUCUACAGCUUUUCUUCAUCUAGUGGAUAUAAACAAAAUUAAGCAGUACGCUGCAGAAGAAGAACAGCGGUUACAGUCCCAAGUAAAAAAAGUUGCUGAUGUACCUAUAUUAACUUCCAAAUACGGUGGUCCCAAAUAUCCACAAUUUUCAAAAGGAUUUCCUCCUCUUAAACCACUCGAGAGCUUACCUCCUCUUAAAAACCCACACCAGAAAGUUCCUCCUCCGCUUAUCAAUCCACCUAAAAUUGUUCCUCCUCCUUUGGUGAAUGUUCAAAAGAAUCUCUCUGCACCUUCACUUAACAACUCUCCACAAAAUCAACCCAAUUCAUCGCCCAACAAGCAAAAUAAUUCGUGUAAAACUACAAACAAAGGACCACAAAAAUCAGAAAAAAAAUUAGCUUUUCAAAUCGGAAAGCCGGCAAAAUCCUUAGGCAGAAACAAUAAACUAACAGAUCAACAGAAACAAGCAGAGCAAAAGAAAGAAUCAAAUAAAGACGAUGAAGAAAACGAUGACGAUGAUGUAAUUUUUGUAGAAGAUGAGGAGUGCAUUGAAGUGAAAUCAUUAUCUUCAAUAUCAUCUGUUUCUGAUAAUGAUUCAUUAGGAAGAGACAAUAGCAAAAGGAAAGGCAAGAGUCCGUAUAAUCGAUAUAGAAGAAAUAGAUCUCCUGAGUAUAGAUCUAGGCGACGAUCACCUAGUUACAGUAAUUAUGUUAGAUCAAGAAGAAGUAGAUCCCGCUCUAGAGAAAGAUAUAGAGAUAGAGGAUACAGAAGGAGUCAUUCGAGGAGAAGAUAUAGUGAGGAAAGAGAAAAACGAAGAGAUUACACUCCAGAAAGAUCUUAUGAAAGGAGAAGAUUUUCACCUAGGCGACGAGAAAGAUCGCCAGAUAGGAGGAGAAGUAAAACAAUAGAAACAGGGAUGAAUAGGGAGUCAGAAGAACAGAAAAAAAUGAUCACCUACAGAGCCGAACUCAAAAAGCUUGAAAUGGAAUAUGAUGAAAAACUGAAAUAUUACGAAGAUCGGCCAGAAAAGCAUCCUUCAUAUUCAGAAGAGUGGAAAAAUUUUUGGAACAGAAGAUACAAAGAGAUUCAACAGUCUGGCAAAGACCCUUCAACGUAUGAUUUCAAGCCUGAGUGGAUAGUUUUCUGGGGUAAAAGGAUGAAAGAAAUUAACGACGAUGAAUUCAAUAAGAAAAAAGAAGAUUUAACAAAAGAAAUGGGGAUUAAAAAUAUGCGAGGACCUAGCAGCGAUUUACAAGAUAUUUCACCUCCAACGCCAGAAGAAUCUAGAGAUGUGACUGUUGAUGAUAUAAGAAAUACUUGGAAGGCGCUCACUGGCAGUGAGAUUUCCGCACCACCUGAAAAGUGUUUAGAUAAAUAUUCAUCUUCAUGGGAUGAAAGUGAAAAUCCAUAUUAUGAUAAAUUGUCAAAGAAAAAAGUCAUUCCGAAUAGGUCUACCCAUUUCACCAUUUCUCCACCUGUAGUUCAUUGUUUAAGGACUCUCGCUGUUCUUGAAAACCAACUCGGUUCGCUUGGACCGAAGGCCCUUGACUUGCUUGCCAGAGCUCUGUCGCUUGAAAGAACAAAGCCGAAUGAGUCCAUGACACUACUAGACGAUCAAGACAUUCAUAUAUUCUUUGAUACGGUAAAAGAGAAAAUAAGGGGACAACUUUUAGCUGGGAUUGUCGAAAGAGGAUUAGUAAAUUCGUGUUAUUCUGUUAUUGGUGCGAUUGAUAACAUGCUCCGUACACAUUCACCCAAGCCUAGACUCCCACCACAAAAUCUUCAAAACCCGCUUCCCACACUGGUUCAAAGAGAUAUUGUACCCCCUGCUCAACCUAUAUCUGAACCGGUUCAAGUGCCAGGCAUAGGAAUGGUAGACAAAAUAGCCGUGGCUCAACAGAUAGCUGGUGCUUUGGUGGCACAAGGUAAAACUGAUCUAAGCCAGGAAGAAUUAGAAGAUUUGAUCAAUGCAGUAGUGGGCAUUGCCAGGGCAUCAAAUGCAAUUGUAAGCCAGGAUACUUCAACUGCAGAUUUUUUCUCUCAGUUAAAUAUGAAAAAUUCAACUGCUACGUCUCACAUAAAUGAGAUUUUAGGAAAUAUGAUAUCCACAGUACAAAAGAACGCUAAUGUUUCAACAGGGACAGCACAAACAUCCGGGACCCCUAUUAACACAGUACCACCUAUAGAAAUACCAGCGAUGACAUCUGGUAAAACACCACUCGUCAAUAACAAAGAUGUAUUGUCAAAUGUUCAGGGUGGUUAUGAAUCGGAUGAAAAAUUAAAAGAAAAAUUGAUCAACUUCAGCAACCUCUGUAGGGAAGAGCAGCAGGAAUUAAUCGCCAUGCUAAAAGAUCUAGAAUCGACUCAACCCAGUAGAGUAGAAGGUUUGAGAAAAUAUGUCUCAAUUGGUUUGACCAAGAAAGGUGAAAUUAAAACCAUUGACGAGCACGAGAGAGAUGAACCUCCAGCAAAAUUAAGUCGCCUAUCUCCAUUUUCAUCCAGGAUAGGAAACUCGAAUCCAUCUCAUGAUGAAGAAUUAAAUUUAAAAGAAAUUAAUUCAAAAAACAUUCCAAGUGAUGAUGACGACGAUGAUGAUGAUUAUAGUUUUGAAGAUGUGUAUAAAGCAGCCUCAGAAAAACUAAAUUUUAAGGAAGCAGAGUUCAAAAAGAAUAUCAGUACACAUGAAGACGGUAAUUAUCCAUUUGGUUUAAAAAUGCAUGAUAGAGUAACCACACCAGAACAGCCACAGCCACAACCACGAGUGUCUCAAACAUCUGACCAUAAUCUAGUGGCCAGUGAGUACACUGAUAUUCAUUUCACUAAGGACACUCGUGAAAAUAAAGGAUCACUUUUCUCUCCAGAAAUCAUUAAUUCCAACAUGCAAACAUCAACGGUGGGUCUUGACAUGUUUUCGGAUAAUUUUAAUUGUAAUGAUGACCAACAGCCAUGUAGCAAAAGGGAAGACUAUACUAGAUUUACAUCAAGAGGAUCGGCAAUCAAACCCGACGAUCGAUAUAUGGAUGCUUACAAUUACCGACAAAACUGGCAAUACGAUGACAUAGAUAAUAGAGGGAGGGGGAGAUUUUCUAAUGCACAACACCAGUAUACAACAGGCAACCAAAAUUAUCCUACACAAAAUUUUAAUCAAGUCCCUCCAAGAAACUCAGGAAAUUAUUACGGAGAUCAAUAUUAAUUUAAAUAAUAUUGUAUGAUAAGUAGUACAUUUUUAGUUUAUAAUAAAUCUGUAUAUAAUUGGUAUAUGUA